GACCUUGCUUUCCCUGACAAGUGAAAUAGCACAAAUUGUGAAUACUGACAGGGUUAAGAGCAUCUGUUAUACUAAUGCUGCGCAUAUGACUACAGCUGGAAGUCAAAGAAAACUCAAAAAGGAAACCAUCAACACUGAUAUUUCCCCUGCCGCUUUUUCUUCAUCUACUGCUAAAAGCACAGAGAUGCACUUACUGAUUCCAGGGAAAUACUAGCCGACACUGCCAAGAAAGCAGCCCUACAUGUUUGGUGUACAGUAUGGAGGAGUACUCUUACAGAGUCACUGACUGUUCCAGUGUGUGUGUAUCUGUAGACAAGUGAGAUUCCUACCUACUUGAAGCAUGACAGAAAUUAUCAUUUAAGGGAAACAAAACAGAAGCUGAAAUAAAAUGAUAUCUUCCUUUGGCAUUCUAACCGGGAACAAUAUUCUUCAGUGAGCUUUCAGCCAUCGUUGAUAUUCACAUUUGUUUCUAAUCCAUGACCUUUUGACGGGAGCAGUCUGCUUCCCAGCUGAGAGAAAAAUACAUUUUUCUCACAACAUGCCAUUUAAAAAGAUAUUAUAUAACCUUUGCCAGACCAUCAUCUUGACAUUUAGCUCUGUCUAUUAUUUCUUCUGACGACAGGAGGGAUCCUAAAUUGCACAUUUGAAGAAUGUGCACAUGAAAAACAGUAAAAGACUGAUAUCCAUGCAUCUUUGUGCAGUGUGAGGUUUCACUGGAACCAGAUUGUAUGGGAGGGAACUCAAUAUAAGCAAUGCCAGAAAACAGAAAUGCCACAGUCCGCUCCUCUGGGGCCUUGCUGAAUACCAGUUUAACUCCUAAAGCAACCUACAGAAAAAUUAAGAGAUGCUUCAGUUUUCGAAGAGGUAUCUUUGGUCAAAAGCUAGAGGAAACAGUACGCUUUGAGAAGAAAUAUGGAAACAAAAUGGCACCUAUGCUGGUGGAGCAAUGCGUUGAUUUUAUUAGGCAGAGAGGCUUGAAAGAAGAAGGUCUCUUUCGACUGCCAGGACAAGCUAAUCUUGUCAAGGAGUUGCAGGAUGCAUUUGACUGUGGAGAAAAACCAGCAUUUGACAGCAAUACAGAUGUUCACACGGUAGCAUCCCUUUUGAAACUGUAUCUGCGGGAACUUCCAGAGCCUGUCAUUCCCUAUGCAAAGUAUGAUGACUUCCUUUCUUGUGCGAAAAUGCUCACUAAAGGUGAAGAAAAUGGAAUGGCAGACCUUAUUCAACAGGUGAAGAGCCUACCAAUGGUGAAUUACAACCUCCUGCAAUACAUCUGUAGGUUCCUGGAUGAGGUGCAGUCAUAUUCAGAAGAGAACAAGAUGAGCACACAGAAUCUGGCUACAGUCUUCGGUCCUAAUAUCUUAAGGCCGAAGGUGGAGGAUCCGCUCACUAUAAUGGAAGGCACCGUGUUAGUCCAACAUUUAAUGUCAGUGGUUAUAAGUGAACAUGAGAAAUUGUUCCCCAAAGCAGAGGAGGCUCCAACUACUCAAGAGGAGUGUAACAAUAACACAGAAGUACAGAAGAAACCACUGAGUCAAAUACAAAACAAAGAAAACAACAACACAAGGGAUGCUGCUGUGAGGCGCUGUUCAUGGGAUGCACUUGAGUCUCCUUUGCGAGGAAAUGUGGAAUGUGGAUCUCCUACAGCCCUUCCAGGAAACAAAUCAAGUAGCCCAAGGAACAGCAUACAUAAACUGGAUGCAACUCGGAGUCCCACUCUAACUGUGAAAAAGAAUCCAGCAUUCAAUAAGGGUAGUGGGAUAGUCACCAAUGGGUCCUUCAGUAGUUCCAUAGAGAUCCAGGACAAAAGUCAGCCACUGCCAAAUGGAAACCUGCAAGCCAAGAGGACAGCAUCUCUUAAAGCGCCCGGAACAAAAAUGGGUACAUGUAGUAUGCCGAGCAGCGCAGUGCGUAUGGGAGUAUCAAGUACAGAUAUGCUUAACACCACCUUGAAUAGUCGGAAUGCUCUUUGGAUGGUUAACGGUUGUGUGACAUUCAGGGACAACAAACCAAAGGACUCAAUGUAUGACUCAACACUGCAGAACAGAUUGUCCACCUAUGACAAUGUACAGCACAAUUUUUCUAUGAUUAACUCUGAUGAUAAACAGAGUGUGGACAGUGCAACAUGGUCUACAUCAUCUUGUGAGAUUUCUCUACCAGAAAAUUCCAACUCCUGUCGUUCUUCAACAACCACAUGCCCUGAACAAGAUUUCUUUGGAGGGAACUUUGAAGAUCCGGUGCUAGAUGGGCCACCCACUGAGGACCCUCACCUGGAUUUUGAGGCCAGAUAUGACCGCAGAAGUGCAGGUGGACGUAGCAGCAGGGCUACAAGCAGCAGCGAUAACAGUGAAACAUUUGCACUAAAUACCACUAGCAAUCAUAGUGCCCUGCACAGUCUUGUGUCAAGCCUGAAGCAAGAAAUGUUAAAGCAGAAGGCAGAGUAUGAAGCCAAACUAAAGAGCUUGGAACAAAGAAAUCUGGAACUGGAAACAGAGGUGAUGGCAUUGCAUGAAGAACUGGAUCAAGAAAGGAAGAAGUAUACAAUGGUUGAAAUUAAGCUACGGAAUGCAGAGCGAGCUAAAGAUGAUGCAGAAAAGAGGAAUGACAUGUUGCAAAAGGAAAUGGAACAAUUCUUUUCCACUUUUGGGGAUCUGACAGUGGAGCCUCGCAGGCCAGAGCGAAGCAACACAAUAUGGAUCCAGUGAAAAAUACCUGUGGGACUGUAGUUGUGGUUUAAUAGGCCAAGAUUCACACGUGUGGAAUCAGGUGGCUGGUCACCUGAGUGAGACUAGUACUGAACGUAAAGAACUUUAACAAACAUCAUACAGACAUUUCAACAUUAAUUGCCAGUAUUUUAUUAAUGCAGACGUUAUUUCUCUAUGCCUCAAUUCUGUUGUUGCUAACUGUUACAGCCUGUUGUGUACAUAAGUUUAAAGUGUCACCUUAAGAAAGCAAAGUAUCUCAAGGAAAAUUAUAAUGCAUUUCUUGUAUUUAAACAGAUAAAUAAUACAUUGUUGCAAUCAAGCUUUAAAUCAAGGCUUUAUUUCCUGUUGCACUUAUAUGCUAUUUUUUGCAUUGUGGUACUGUCAAGCUGAUUUUAUAUCUGACAUUUUCUUACCCUCUUGAUGGGGAAUAAAGAUAUACCAGAUGGAAAAAUA